UCACGGGAUGUCACCCCCCGUGUAGCGUUGUUUUGCAGGUUAGGUCCUGCCUGAAGCUUCCCGGAACAGUGCACUGGAACCCUAGACGAGAUUUGGAGUUAUCAUUUGGCGCGCCAGGAAGGGGCCUUCUCCCUAAGAGAAACCUAACCGCAUCCCUAGAAGCUGGGUGAAUUUAUGCAAACUCGAUCCGGACUCAUAGUAAGUCAGACCAGCAACAUGGCAAACCCUCGCCCAAACAUGCAAAACACCAACCCGCUAAACCCCGACCCUACUAACCCUAACGCUCAAGUAGUCGGGGACGACGUGCUCCUACAAAACCUAUCACCGUCCGGAAACUCCGUCCCAAACGCGGGACAAAACACCAACGCAGUACCCCCCCCGCUCGUUCAAGGGGGGCCCAUUGACCUGACAAAGUUCACACAGCAACAGAUCGACAUAAUGCUAAAAGUGGCAUCUGCCUUCCCACAACCUAGGGGGGAGGCGCGCGGAAACCAUGAACCCCGAGACGAGGAAGAGCGAAGUGAAGCUCAUAGCCAACCUCGCCCACAAAAGUCCACAGCAUCGCACCUUGGACCGUCACAAAACACGAACCACAAAAACCACGGUGGCCAGCAACACCGCCCCUCAACCUGGAAGGAAAAUAGGAGAAUCCGGGAUCUGAAAAAAGAGCUCGAGGCCAAGCAAGCAGAAUACGAAAAGGCCCGCGCCCGUCUCGAAGGCCGUCGUACCGAGACCCCUGAGGUUCGCAACGACACAGGAAGCGUCAAUCCCUCCAACGCGGACAUGCUCAAUACGCUCAUGGCCCUAAAAAAGCGCCUCGAGGAUGGCACCAGUGGUGAAGUCGGAGAAUCCCCUUUUACAAAGAGACUAGAGGAUGAGCCAAAGCAAAGGCACAUCAAGCAUCUUAACCUGAACCCCUUCGACGGGAUGGGAGACCCCGAGGAGCACCUUAGCUACUUCAACCAACUGGCCCUGCACUACGAGUACCGCGACCUCACCAAAUGCCGUUUCUUCGCCGCCACCCUGAGGGGAAGCGCGCAGCGGUGGUUCAGUCGCGUCCCGGCCAGGAGCAUAGACACUUGGGCCGACUUUAAAAGGGCAUUCCUGAAUAAAUUCAGAGCAAACCAACCUCAGGAGGUGCACACUUCCUACUUACAAACCAUCGGGCAAAGAGAAGGGGAAUCCCUGCAGAGCUACAUCAACCGCUUCAAGGAAGCGGUCAAUAAGAUCAUCUGUGUAAACGAGAUAGAGGCUCUCGUCCAUUUGAAGAGAGGACUUGACCCGUAUGAGUGCGAAAAAUAUGUUGUCAAACUAAUGGAAGUCCAGCCUACAACAUUAGCCAAGGCAUAUGACCUAGCGUCCCAAGCCGUCACGGAAGCGGAAUCUCUGGCCGUGUUGAAACGGGCACGAGCCCCUCCCGCCAGCAAUCAGAAACACUACCCUCGUGAGCGACACGUCCCGUACCAAAAACCCGUGGAGCAAAUGCAAGUUCAAACUACACAUGGACCUCCCGCCAACAAAAACAACAACAUAUCCGUAAAAGAUCGUCUGGGCCCCGCGGUGGGUUUCCGCCCCGAGAAGCGCCCUGAGCCUAAUUGGACUAAGUUCAGCCUCAGCCGGUCUGCCCUGUUAAGAGACAUUAAAAACAAGCCAUUUUACCAAGCACCGCCGGCCAUGUGGACAAACCCGGAGGACCGGAACAAAGAGCGCCAUUGCGAAUAUCACGAAACACAUGGGCACUCUACGGAUAGCUGCCUCGCACUCAAACACUUCCUGGAGCGACAAGCUAAAGCGGGAAACCUAAACCAAUACCUCCCUCGGGAUCUGCCACCACCACCACCACAGGACCAUCGAGACGGUCGAAAUGUGGUCAACCCCGUCUUUGGCGGCACCGUCACGCCCCCUGCCCCAGGCGGGCCUUCAGUGUAUGCCAUCGCCCAGGGAGAGGUGCACAGCCCCAUAUACUUCACACAUGCAGAUUACGAAGGUAUCAACCCGGAUCACAACGAAGCACUAGUAGUAUCCCUGGACAUAGCAGAAAACGAGGUAAGAAGAAUAUUGGUGGAUAAUGGCUCCUCUGCAGAUAUCUGCUUCCAGCACACCUGGGAUCGACUGCGCCUCAACAACGCGGUUCCCGAACCCUGCCUUGAAGAGACACCCUUAUAUGGUUUUGGGCACAACGCUGUGCCCAUAGCGGGAGUAGCUCAUCUGCCAGUCACCUUCGGGUCACCCCCCCACCAAAUCACCAAGACAAUCAAAUUCUACAUCAUCAACGCAGUCUCCUCAUACAACAUGAUCCUAGGGAGGCCAACCCUGAAUGCACUCAGAGCAAUCCCAUCGACCUCACACCUCAAAAUGAAGUUCCCAACUCCCACAGGAAUAGGCGAAAUCAAGGGGGAUUCUGAAACCUCGAAACGAUGCUAUGGGAUAGCCUUAGUCCUAGCGGCCACCGAGCCCGGAAACAUCAAGCGGGAGAACGCUGACAAACGAAAGCAGGAGAAGCGAAAGAAACACGCUGAAAACCUCCAAAGGAAGAACAAACGGCACCGAGAGGUGCAAGUCAUAGAAACCCAUGAUCCCACGCACGAAGAACCUCCGCGCAUGGACGCCGAACUCAAAAAAUGCUUGUUACGGGAUGAGCAACCCGUGGCAAAACCCGCUGUGGCAACAGAGCAAAUUCAGCUCUCUCCUACCGACCCUACACGGAAAAUCAGCAUUGGGGCCGGUUUGGAGUCGGUGUUCAAGAAGGAACUUACAGAUCUACUGCGCGAGUACGCGGACGUUUUUGCAUGGAGCCCAAAAGACAUGCCCGGCCUCGAUGAAUCCGUGGCCAUGCACAAACUGAGUGUCGACCCCAAGAAGGCGCCAAAAAAGCAGAAGCGGCGCAACUUCGCUCCUGACCGCCAAAAAGCAAUCGACGCGGAAAUAGACAAGCUGUUGGACGCAGAUUUGAUCUGCGAGGUCUCAUACCCGGAUUGGGUGGCAAACGUCGUGCUCGUAAAGAAAGCUAACGGGAAAUGGCGCAUGUGCGUCGAUUACACAGACCUUAACGCAGCAUGCCCUAAGGACCCGUACCCGUUACCAAGCAUAGACCAACUCAUUGACGCAACAGCCGGGCACCUCAUGCUCAGUUUCAUGGACGCCUUCUCAGGAUACAACCAGAUUAAGAUGGCACCGGAAGACUGUGAGAAAACUGCUUUCAUCACUCAUAGAGGAGUAUACUGCUACAAGGUCAUGCCUUUCGGCCUCAUCAACGCGGGCGCCACCUACCAACGCAUGAUGAAUAAGAUCUUCGCACCCCAACUGGGACGCAACAUGGAAGUCUAUGUCGAUGACAUGAUUGUCAAAUCUAUGCUCCAAGAGACGCACCUGACCGAUUUGCGGGAAUGCUUCGCAAACCUCAGAAAACACAACAUGAAACUUAACCCCGACAAAUGCACUUUCGCCCUAGGAGCGGGAAAGUUCUUGGGUUUCCUGGUAAGCCAACGCGGGAUCGAGGCCAACCCGGAAAAAAUCCAGGCCGUCAUUGACAUGCAGCCCCCAAAAACCAUCAAGGACGUUCAACGCCUCACAGGGCGCCUCGCAGCAUUGCGACGAUUCAUAUCAAAGCUGGCGGAACGAUGCCUCCCUUUCUUCGACACCCUCAAAGGAGCACUCAAAACCAAAAAGCUCACAUGGACUGAGGAAUGCCAAAAGGCCUUUGAGGACCUCAAAACGUACCUGGCCUCUGCGCCACUCUUGACGACCGCGUCCCCUAGCGAACCAUUGUCACUAUACCUGGCAGUCUCUGACAAAACGGUGGGCGCAGUGCUUAUUAAGGAAGCAGAAACGGUGCAAAGACCAGUUUACUAUGUCAGCCAAACACUAAAGGAUGCAGAAACCCGCUACCCCAAUACCGAGAAAACAGCCCUAGCCCUUGUCAUGGCAAGUAGGAAGCUUCGUCACUAUUUCCAAGGGCGAGAGAUACGAGUCGUCACGAAUCAACCCUUGCGCAAAAUCCUCCACAAGCCUGAGUUGUCAGGACGACUUAUUAACUGGGCGAUCGAGCUCAGUCAAUUUCACCUCACUUACGUCCCAAGGACCGCGAUCAAAGCACAGGCCCUGGCCGACUUCGUCGUGGAGUGUAACUUUGCUAAACCCGACGAAGAAACACCGGACAACCAACAACCCCUCCCGGUCGCGGAAGGGUGGAAGCUUUACGUGGACGGUUCCGCCACCAACACCAGAUGCGGAGCCGGGGCAAUACUCAUUAGCCCAGAUGGUUUUUGUAUAAAACAAGCCCUUCAGCUCAACUUCAAGGCCACCAACAACCAGGCGGAAUAUGAGGCCCUGCUUUCGGGUUUAGACCUCGCCCUAACCCUACAACUGCAAAAUCUUACCAUAUACAGCGACUCCCAGCUGGUAGUUCGACAAACGACAGGUGACUACGCGGUCAAGGAUUCAACUCUAGCUCAAUACCAACAACUAGUGCAGACCCGCUUGUCCACACUCAAAAGCUACCAGCUCCACCAAAUCGACCGGGAAGACAACUCAUUGGCUGACAGCCUAUCCAAACUCCUAGAGGGAGAGUACACGACCUCGGAUGGCCCCGUCUACUUUCUAUCUCUCCCGCAUCCCUCAACAGAGGCCAAGGAACAACUCAGCAUCACGCUCAACGAGGACAACUGGAUGACCCCUCUCGUCGCUUACCUCCGAAAUGGAACUCUGCCAACCGAGCAUAGCAAAGCCCGGCAGAUCAAGGCAAACGCAGCCAAAUUCUUCCUACAAGACGAUGUUCUCUACCGUCGAAACUUCGACUCCCCCAUUCUCAAAUGCGUCGAUGACGACGAAGCAACAUACUGCAUGCGGGAAGUUCACGAGGGCAUAUGCGGGGAUCACAUGGCGGGCAAGGCCCUUACACAUAAAAUCUUGCGCCAAGGAUAUUACUGGCCAACCAUGGCAAAAGACUGUAAAGCCUUUGUCAGAGCGUGCCACCAAUGCCAGCUCUUCAGCAACGUCCCGCGCGCAGCCCCUGCAGUCCCAGUUUCAAUACUCUCCCCUAUCCCGUUCGCUGUGUGGGGAAUCGACAUUAUGGGUCCUUUCCCCAAGGCCCGCGGGGAACUCCAAUUUGUCAUGGUAGCUAUCGACUAUAUGACCAAGUGGGCAGAGGCAAAAGCACUUAGGACCAUCACCCAAGAAGACGCAAUCCGGUUUGUCCGCAACCAGAUAAUCACCCGGUUCGGUAUCCCCACGACUCUCAUCUCUGACAACGGGACGCAGUUCGUAGGAAAGAAAUUCACCACCUUCCUCUCUGAUCACGGGAUCAAGCACAAAAAAGCAUCAGUAUGCCACCCGCAAAGCAACGGACAAGUCGAAGUCACAAAUCGCAUCAUCCUUCGCGGGCUAGAAAAAAGCCUCACGGAGUCCAAGAAAAAAUGGCCAGAACACCUACCCCAAGUCCUAUGGUCCUACCGCACCACGCAGAAAACAAGCACAGGGGAAACACCAUUUAAACUAGCUUUCGGGGCAGAAGCACUGGCACCGGUGGAAAUAGGAUCACCGUCCUUCCGCAUGCAAAAUUUCAACAUCAACGACAGCAUUGAGGGAAUGCGGACUAACUUGGAGUUACUAGACGAGGUCCGAGCAGACGCAGUCCAGAAAAUGGAGCUUUACAAAGAAAAGACAAGGGACUUCUUCGGAAAGCGGGUCCGAAUGCGGGCAUUCCAGGUGGGAGAUUUAGUCAACAGGGCAACCGAGGCGUCAGACCCGCGCCACACGGGCAAGCUAAUGCCCAAGUGGGAAGGCCCAUAUAAAAUAGCACAAGUUAUCCGUCCCGGUUCCUACAAACUAUCCCAUUUGGAUGGCACGGAGGUCAACAAUACUUGGCACGCGGAAAAACUCAAGAAAUAUUAUCAGUAG